AGGCCCCUGACUAUCUUCGGGAUUAGUCUCGUAGUAGUCGUCAAGUCUUGAAAAAAUAAUCUGAAUCUAAACUAAAAACUAUACCGCGUGCCACUACUUAAUCUUUUUCAAGUACAACAGCAACUAGCACCUACCUGCAGUUAUUUAGUACUACCUCCGAAGCCAGAGUGGGCUGCUGGAGAAGACUUCUAUCCUAAAACACUACACAGUCGUCAUCACGAGAGCAAUACGCUUUUCCGCCCGCUACUUGUACUUGUUCUAGUAUACGCAGACACGACAACUACGCUUUUUGAGUCGACCUAUUUUCGCAGUCCACUUUACCUCACUCAACAUAACUGCAAGUCCUAGCAGUGUUCUUGGACACAUUUGUAGCAAUACCCGCCAUAGGUUGUAGUUUGAAUUCCCAAGAAGUUCGAAGUCGUCUUCAUAUCUUUCAGUUUUAUUUUUUUGCUCCUUUUCCUUUUCGGUCCUGAAAGUGAAAAGUGAAAACCAAAAUGUCAAAGCUUUACUCCACCAUGCUUAUCCUCGGUCUUGCGUUCGUUUCCAUCGCGAAUCCUAGUCUCGGGCUUGGUCUACUCAAGGCCGCGUCGUCGAGCCAGCCACUCAAGGACGCACACUCCAACUUGGUCGAAACGGCCCUACUCCGGGCGAUUUUCAGAUACCGGUAUCUUUCCCUCGUCGAGAAGAGAAAGGCGAAACCAGAGUGGAAGAGUCUGCUUAAGGCGAAUCCAACUUUCGAAGUAUGUAGCUUUGGGAAUAGCGGCGAAGAUAUCCACUGCAAGCAUUAAUAUUCUGGCGUCCGUCAACACAUCUAACAUGAAUACGUUUUCCGCAGCAUGUGCAUGUUGCAUGCGAAUGCGAUAAAAGUGUCUAUGGAAUAACAGCUUCUUUCUAGCACGAAGAUCCCUUCUGAGCUAACGUAUUGAUAUUUGCAGUGGAUAGCGCAGAUUUGGAACAACAUGAGCAGUGAGGGAAUGGACCUUACAAGGGCCGACCGGAUGGCAACAGUAUUGAAUAAGGAGUAUCAAAAAAGCCCUUUUGUAUCGUCUAUGGAACAAGGAGCCAUUCAAAGCUCUUUGCAAACCCAUAUGGGAUAUGUACAGGGAGCUCUGCAGAAGUUUACUUCGCACUUGCAGAAACCCUACCAGUUCAAUCGUACCGUUAGAGAAGAUCGCCUGAUCUUGUGGCUCAAGGAUGCGUACCAGUACUGGCUGUGCGCCGAUGCCGUCGCAAAGGAAGUCGAAACGCAAAGUAGGCAAGAACGUUCCGAACGUUGUUGCCUCUUUGCAAGGACAAGGAGGACCGCGUCCACUGAUACGCAGCCUGGUGGCCGCCAGGGUGACAUCGUUACGCGUUCAGAGCUUGACAACCCUAUCGCGGACAGAGCUUUACAACGCCAUCGUGGAAAUCUCGAUAAGGAGCUCACACAGGUAAUGGAAGCGGAAAUCGACGCGACUAUCACAACGGGAGCCCUGUGGCCGAAAAGUGCUGACCGGAGUCCUCUUCGUUUGCUUCGUCUGCCCCGGUUCGCGCUUCUCGUUCCACAUCCUGACGAAACUCCUGACUUGGGUCCCGAUCACCGUGCGAGGACACGAGCUGCACAUCACAAUCGCGACAGAUACCGAUACUCAGCGAGGCCCCCUGGACGUGGUCCGCCUUCAUCCAGUAGCCGACCUUCACAGGAGCUGAGUAACAGAAGUGACAGCUUUCACAGUUCUUCUUCUACUACUGUAGAAGUUCAGCCGUAGAUGUAAUUCUUUUCCUCCUGAAGGAGAAAAAAACAACACAACUUACUUCAACUAGAAGCCGCAAGUGGAGUAGUUGAUGUCAUCUCGUCGUCCGGAUAGGUUGUGCAGGGUUGCGUCACGAAAGUGGGCGCGCAGCCGCGCAGCCACGUACUCAUAGAAGGACGCGGUAGAGGAAUUAUUUUUUAAAAUAUUGCUCGACUGCGUUCCUUCGACGAGGGGAACACUCGACAACAGCUGCGACGUGGCUUGAUUAUCACGAUGGGAUGACUGAGUCAUCUGAGACGAGGUCGCUUUCGUCUGAGUUUUUUUCUAUAAGUAUUUGGUUUACAACAUAUGUUUAUUUUCUCGUAUACGUGUUAACUACGGAAACGGAAAUGGAGGACGAGCACGAAGAUCUUCCGGAUGGGUGUUUGCGUAAACCAAGAUCAAGAACAAAAUAUAAUAUGAGGAAGUCCUAGCUUUUCCUUUUCUCUAAUUAUCUUCCAAAUGCGCAACAAGCUCGUCAGAUUAACAAAAGUCACUAGCAUUCUCUUUUGGUACGUCAAAACGCAGUCCUAGCAUUCUCUCUUGGUUGUCUAGAUUGCGUUUCUGAAAUGUUCCAACCGUUGGGUUUGUUUAUCUAAGGAAUUCCCCAGCUCGACGGAUUUUUUGAGUAUGCAACAAGUGUAACUACACAUCGUCAGCCGUUAGCCUUGCGUGCGGAUGACGAUGAAUAGUAGCAGAAAAACAAUAAAGUAGCAUCACACUGAGCCAGUUGUCGGAGGAGCAAGAACACCCAAAGCCAAAGCAACACAACUAGGGCUAUAAUUACAGUGAUACAGCACCCCGAUCUUUCGAAGUUUCGAAACCGGGGUCAGCCGCCUCUUUUCUGAUAUUUCGGGAGGGGGCCAGCGGCGCCAUCUUUUAUACCUGUAUGAUUAUUUGGAAUCUUCACAGUCAUUAUUUCCCUUGUAUUAUUUUUUGAAGGCCCGUAUAAACUGGUAUUUGUACGUCACUGAUACUCUU